AUGGGUUCUCUUAUUGAAUCAUCCACAACUGAAGUUCUGUACGCAGCAGCCGGGCUCAGUGGGAAAGGUUUCGUCCAAGAUGACAACGCUCCGCCAAAUACGAUCAGGCUUCAGCCGGCGGCUUUCGAUGAUACACUGGGUUUGGCUCGGAUCGAUGCCAACCCUGCUGGCUCUGUGGAUAUAGUGGCCCAACUAUUGCAGAAGAACCAUGAGAAGUGGCAUAUGUACUUCCGCGACGUGGCUGGGCACAACCACAUCCCACACGCUAUCCUCAGCACAUUCGCCAUGGGUGGCGGUCCGCAGGAGCUUCAUAGGGCGUACGAUGACGGUGAAUCCAUUCAACGUCCUAUGCCGCCGGUCUCCCUCCCGACCGUUCAGGAAAUGAGCGAUCCACUCAAGUUUCGCGAACGCAUGCACAUCCUCGACCAGUACCCCAAUUUCCUAGCAUUCUUCGAACAGGAGAUUGCUGCGAAAGGAGGCGAUUGGCAGGCAGUCGUCCUGGAGCACUGCUUCAAGCGGACGCCACUAAGUGACUUGAUGAUGGCCCAGCUUUUCGAGGGUCUCUACCAUCCCUUCAUUCACCUGGGAUUUGGCGUCGAGUUUGGGUUGUCAGGUCUCGUGGCCGAAGGACUGGCCCAAACCGCCAGCCACGACCCGAUGUACAUUGACGUCUUCUUUCAGAAGGCCGAGAAGCUUGCCCAGGCAGGUUCUGUGGCACGUCAGCCUCUCAUGGAUAUGUACCGCCAAACGCGCGCCAACGACGUUAUUCGUACCGCUCCUCGCAUGCCCGAUGGACCAUGGAAGGUGCGUGACGGUGUUCUUGGCCGCGCCAUGGACGAGAUCGUGCGCGUGGCGGCACAGUUCCAGGUUGAUCCCACCGAAGAAGACGUGGAGCGCGCCACGGCCGAAAUGAUCAGCUGUGCGGCAUGGUCGUGCGCCGCGAGCCACAAGCCAGGCAAAGAGCGCAAGAUUGACUUCUUCCUGAUGCAUGCCGUGACCAGUUCAAUCUUUGUUACAGUCCUCGCCCGCCAGUCCUGGAUUCCUAUCGCAGACAAGGCUCGCAUGGUUGAAUGGAAGGCCCGCCUAGACUUGGUGUGGUAUGCAGCCAGCGCAGCGCCCGAGCUACGCCAUGAGUUCAUCGUCGAUUACGAGCCCACGUUGAGCAAAGGCAUGGGUUGGCCCCAGCUCUAUCAGGCCUUGAACCGACAUCACGAUGAUGGGCAUGUGGCCAAAUUUGUCCGUGCCAUCAAGAACGGCCAAGAAGUGGCCGCGCCCUUUGAGCAGUCCCAUGCCAGCAGCCUCCCUAUCAAAGGCGACUUGUGGCUGAAGGUUGCACAGCUUUGUUACGACUCCACCGUCAUGUACGUCGAGGGUGAGAAGAAGUGGGUUUGGGGUGCUGGUUUCGAGCCUAUGUGGGCCAAGGUCAGAGACGAGGUGAAGGUUUAA